AAAUUAAUUGAAAUUAGUAACAUGAUAACUAAUAACUCGGUCUCCAAACAAUAACAUAAUUUAGUAACAUAGGAACCAAUUGAAAUUACCAAAGCAAAUAUACAUUUUAAUUGGAUUUUUUCUCGUCAAAUCACAAAUUGAAAAUUUUGAAAAUACAUGAAACAAAGAUAUGAACACAAAUGGUGUCCAAACCAGGAACAUUGUAAAAUCCAUAUCUCAAGCUUCAUGCCCAUAUAUGCAUAUGAACAAGAGAAGUUUGAUUUUCUUGUAAAUCCAUGUCAUCUCUGUGGGUUGCCGCAUGAUUAUUGAAUAUUCAAUUUACAAUGUCCAAGAGAUAGAGAUCAAACAAACACCUACAGAGAAUAAAAAUGAAGCCAAAGACGGUGACAUUAAUUCUGGUGAACCUAGCAGUGAUAAUGGAAAGAUUCGACAAGUCAUUGUUUGCUGGAGUGUACAAAGAGGUGGGGGAAGCACUACACACGGACCCAAUGGGCCUCAGGUCACUGACACUGUUCCGGUCGGUGGUCCAAGUCCACCGUCAAUUGCCUGGUCGAAGAACUCAAACUUGAUUCAUACUCUCUCUCUCUCUUUGUACUUUCAAGUUGGGGUUUCUCUCUCUCCCCCAUAGCAUUAGUAGAAGAAGAAGAUGGAUAAUAUCUAAUCCUAAAUUUGAAAUUCAAAUUUUAUGAAAAUAUAUCACUGGAAGGUAUUUAUUAUGAAGAUCUUCAUUCAGCAUGAAUCAAGGGGUAACUGUUUCCCAAUUAGGAAACAAAUUUACAUGUUGAAAACUGCUUUCAACGUCACAAGAA